GACUGCUACUUUAAUUUAAAAGGUCUAUUUACAAAUCAUUGCGCAGUGAUCGUCUAUAUUAGACGAUAUAAUGUUCAGUUCCUGAUGGCUGGUUACGCUAUCCAGCGCAGUAUCGUUUUUCUUGGCAAGUAAUCCGUACUGAUAUGACCCAUUUUAUCUUUGCAUUCGCAAUAUGUUGAGCAGUUGGUAGGUUUAAUUAAAUCUUAUAAUAACUUUGGAUGUGAAUUCGUUUGGGUUACAAGUUUUUACUAUUAUUUCAAAAGUAUGUGUGAUGAAGUCUGAUCUGUGGUCGUUUUUCCGUCCUGUUGGCUCCGUGUUUCUGGUCCGUGGUUUCUGCGUGCGUCUCUUUGUGCAGAGUUAUGCGUUUGUACGGCUGUGUGUCACGCCGAUCAGUCACAUUAAAUUAAGUGUCCACCCGCUCAGAUGGACUGCCUGGGGAUGCUGGUCGCGGCCGGAAGCGCCGUCAACUCCACCGGGGAUGAGUCGGGGCAGUCCCCCGCUCACCUGGCCGCCUGCGGGGGUCAUGCUCUCUGCCUGCUCUGGCUGCUACAUACGGGGGCCGACGCCAACCAGCAGGAUGCGUUCGGUGAGACACCUGUCCACAAAGCAGCCCGGGCGGGCAGUGUGGAGUGCAUCACGGUGCUGGUCGCCAGUGAGGCGAAGCUCGGGAUCUGCAACCUCGAAGGGAAGACUGCAGAGGACCUGGCGUGGGAGGCGGGCUGGGAGAAGUGCGGGCGACUCCUGGAGACUGUAAGGGUCAGCCGUCAGGUUGGCGGCCCCAAAGGGGAUGGAGACGGUGGCUGCAGGGUGUCGACUGGACUGAAAAGGGCAGGAGAGAGCCUUAGGGGGCAGUAUGGGAAGAGGGCACGGGACUGGUGACUGGGCAGCUGAGUGGCCCUGGUGUAAGGAUUAGUGAAGGGGGGGGGAACCCAUGCAGCCCCACCCUCAUCGCGUUUGAUCCAUUGGACACGGCUCAGGCCAGGGUACUCCAGUAGCGAGGAAACACUCCAGGCUAGAAGUCACAGGACUGGUGGAAGUUGAGCAGGGUCCCGCCCACAUGGCAAUCCCCAGCGGAUACGCGGCUUGAAGCCGACUUGUGAAAGUUCCUGUUCACGACGGGGUGAAAACGGAUACCACUGGAGCUUGGGGCUGAAGGGACUUAUGGCCCGAGGACAGUGUGAAGACUGGAACCCCAACCAAGCCGAAGUCGGCUGAGCUGCUAUCACUUUGACUGUCUGAUGAUAGUGUCGGUACCUAAAUAAAUUGGCCUGCAAAGAGCCCCAUGUGCCACUGGGCCCCUCUGCUGGUAGGAAUGUGGUCUCAUUCGACUCCGGGUAGUGCUCCUGUUGGACUAAAUUUAAACUCGUCCCCACCAGUAAAGUAUCCAGUGGAAGUGGGUAAAAGUUUAACUCAGGACAGAUACUGUUAACAUUUUACGCUUCCUGGUUGGGGAAAAAAAAAUCCAUGAGCUGUUUGAUAAAGAAACUUGCUGCAGUUAAUCGAAUGCUGUGCAUUAAAAAAUAUUUUUUUUCCUUUU